AAACGUCUCAACUGUAUUUUAUUUAUAUGACUGUAGCCGGCCUAGGCAAGCUGGCCGGCCGGCCUGUGCAUGUAUUUCUUUACUCGUCCCUCUCUUAUAAGUUGAAUAUUAAUCUCUUCAUGCAAUCACAGCAAUCUUUCACCAUAUUAAUUUCUAUGAACUGUAACUGCGCACUCCCUCUCACAUUCUUAUCAUUACCUCGACGCUACCUGGAGUCAAGGAUCCCCGACAUAAGAACAAUAUGAGGCAAGCUGGGACAUACUCAGGAAUACUUUCUGGCGGUUUAUCUGGAAAAACUGGGCCUCACUCAUUGCCAUUGGCAAGAAUCAAGAAGAUCAUGAAGAAAUCCGGCGAUGAUGUGAAGAUGAUAUCUGGUGAGGCCCCAAUUGUGUUCUCAAAAGCAUGUGAACUCUUCAUCGAGGAGUUAACACAUAGGUCUUGGAUGAUCACCAUCCAAGGCAAGAGGAGGACACUUCACAAAGAGGAUGUGGCCUCUGCUGUUACAGCAACAGAUAUCUUUGACUUUCUUGUCAACUUGGUGUCUCAUUCCAGCGACUCCACGGAUAUUAAUCAUGUGGAAAUCGAAACAACUAGCAAGUAAUAAGACCUUCACCCCCUCCCAACCCAAGCACGAACUUCCAUGAUUAAAUUGUACGAUCUCCUAAACUUACCCGAUGUUUUCCUUCCUCUGCUUGAUCUACCCGAAGUGACAUAAUGCACUCCUUUUCUUGUUAGAUUAUUUUAAUAUACAUGAACACACAAAACAAACGAUGGUGGGUGAGUGUAUAUCCCCCAGCUAUCUCUGUAUGCUUGGAUCAUUUGAUCAUUACCAAAUUGCAAACCCUAAA